CGCGGCGGGCGGCGCAGGACGUGGCGUUCCGGGAGAAGCUGCGGCAGAUGGCGCUGCCGCUGGCGCCGCUGGUGCAGCUGACGACGGGGGAGGUGCACCCGGCGUUCCCGGGGACGCUGCUGCACUUCUGGCUGCUGACGGACUCGCAGCUGGAGGCGCUGGCGCACUUCUACCACCAGCGCACGCCGUGCCCGUGGACGCGCCACUACCCGUGCCCGGUGCGCUGGGCGUCGGACGCGCCGCUCGAGGAGAAGCGGCGCCGCCUCGGCCGCUUCAUCGGCCUGCGCGGCUGCGAGUCCCCCCUCGUCCUCCUCCCUUCUUCCCCCACCGCCGCCGCUCCCGCCGACAGCGCCGCCCCCGCCCUCCUCUCCGAGGACGACAUCCUCGAGGAGGCCCGCGCCGCCCGCCUCGCCGAGGAGGAGCGCAUCUGGCGCGGCAAGCACCCCUGGUUCCGCGGCUAGCUGCAGCCGUCCCCGACGGGCUUGGUGGUCUAGAGAGCGGGAGAGCGUGGAAAACCGCGUAGGUAUAUUGCGGUUCUGAACACUUAGCGGCACGGGGCGUUGCGGGGGGCAUCCAUCUUUCGUUCGAUUCUAGACACUCCUUAGACUAAUAUUUUACCUUGAACAUGUAUAUUUCACC